UUUCGUACAAGCUAAUCCCCUACAACAGCGCAACUAUGUCUAGAUUUUUUGUUGUUUUGAUAGCCAUCUUAGCGAUCGCCGCCGCCAAGCAACAAAAAUUGAGAGUGGUUGUCCCAGAACAAGAAACCCAAUCCACCGGCCAUGUAGGCACCAUUCAGUUGUCCGGCGAUUAUUCGUCUCACGGAGGCAAGAAGUACUCUUCUAGCGCUGAACUCACCAGUUUGGCUCAUUCUUCGGCACUUCAAGCCAGAACGGCUGUACAAAAUCAGCAAACAGCCGGUGUUCAAGCAGCUGCAGGAGCCCAGAAUGGAUUCGCUCGUGCCGCACAAGAAGCAGCUCACGCCGCAAGAGUAGCUCUAGUCGCCAAGCAAAUUAUUGUUCAAAAUUUGCAGGCGCAAGUUGAGGACGCUGAACAUCAAUUGCUAGCUGAACAGGGACAGUACCAGCAAGCUCUUGAAGCCGCCAGUGCCGCUCAAAACGCCGUCCAACAAAGCCAGCAGCAAUUGACUGCCGCUACUGCUGCUCUUGCCGCUGUGCAACAAUCUUCCACUCAAACAGAACGUACCGCCUCUGCUGCGUUACAGGCUGCCGCGGCUCAACAUCAAAUGAUUCAAGAUGCUCAGCAAAGACUUGGAAGGUUGCAUCUUCAAUUGGAUGAAGCCUUAGCUGGACUAGCUGAAACUCAGCAGUCGGUACAAAGUGCCGCUGCUGCCGCUCAAGAAGCUCAAAAUAAUGCCGAAGGUUCUGCACUACUGGCAGUAGCAAACAGUGCUACAAAUCAAAUAAGCGAACAUGAGUCAAAUCUUUACCAUCACUAAACUUCAAACUGGGAGUUUCGCGUUCAUUCAUUGUGUACAUAAUCAUUGUCAUUGUUUGUAAUUAUUAUUUAAAUAAAACCAUAUGUCCCUA